GUAUUUCAGGAGGAAUCUAGCAUCUUCUGCACAAGGUGAUCUGGUCUCAAGGUGAUCUAGCUCCCCAGUCUCCCUAGCAGCUGCAGGCCCCUUGAGAGGUGGGGUUUGAGGAGAACACUUCCUAUUCUAAAGCCCUGAGUCAAAGAGGGGUCAGAAGCCAGCCUGCAGCUGAGGCCUCGGCAGUGCCAGGUCCGAGCCAGCAACUGAGCAGGCCAGCCCUGCCGUGGUAGCUUCAAAGACCUGAUCCUAUGUCCACAUUACUCCCUCAGAGCUCCAUCCAAAUCGCCUUUGAGGAGGUGCCCCAACUCUCACCCAGAGCCAGCAUUGGUCAUGUGACCUGCAUAGACCAAUCAGAGCACACCAUGGUGCUGCAUUGUCAGCUCUCUGCUGAGGAGGUGAUGUUCCCAGUUUCUGUGACCCAACAGUCCCCCGCUGCUGUCUCCAUGGAGACCUACCACAUCACUCUGACACUGCCACCAACACAGCUGGAAGUCAGCCUGGAGGAAAUCCCUGGUGAGGGGCUUCUUGUAUCCUGGGCCUUCAGGGAUCGCCCAGAUUUCAGCCUGACAGUGCUUCCCAAGCUGCAGGCUAGAGAGAGAGGUGAGGAGCAAGUAGAGCUCUCCACUGUUAAGGAGCUGAUUGAGGAUGCCAUAGUCAGCACCCAGCCAGCUAUGAUGGUCAACCUGAGGGCUUGCUCUGCCCCUGGAGGUCUGGUGCCCAGUGAGAAGCCACCCGUGGUGUCCCAGGCCCAGCCAGUCAUCCCCAGACCUACCCGGUUAUUCCUACGGCACCUUCGAGCAUCGCAUCUGGGAAGCAAGCUGGAAGGCACUGGGGAACUGUGCUGUGUGGCUGAGCUUGACCACCCCAUGCAACAGAAGUGGACCAAGCCCACAAGGGCUGGUCCUGAGGUGGAAUGGACCGAGGACCUGGCACUGGAUCUGGGCCCCCAGAGCCGGGAGCUUGCCCUCAAAGUGUUAAGGAGCAGCAGCUGUGGAGACACUGAACUCCUAGGCCAGGCCACACUGCCUGUGGGCUCUCCUUCCAGACCACUGUCCCGAAGACAGGUGUGCCCACUCACCCCUGGGCCAGGAAAAGCCCUGGGACCAGCAGCCACCAUGGCAGUGGAGCUUCAGUAUGAGGAGGGCUCCCCCCGAAACCUGGACACACCCACCUCCUCCACUCCACGCCCCAGCAUCACACCUACCAAGAAGGUCGAGAUGGACCGUACCAUCAUGCCUGACGGCACCAUUGUCACCACAGUCACCACUGUCCAGUCCCGGCCUCGUGUAGAUGGCAAAUUAGACUCCCCCUCCCGCUCCCCGUCCAAGGUGGAGGUGACUGAGAAGACAACAACUGUGCUGAGUGAGAGCAGCGGCCCCAGCAGUACCUCCCACAGCAGCAGCCCAGGAGAGAGCCAUCUUUCCAAUGGCUUGGACCCUGUAGCAGAGACAGCGAUUCGCCAGCUGACUGAACCCAGUGGGCGAGCAGCCAAGAAGACACCCACUAAACGUAGCACUCUCAUCAUCUCUGGUGUUUCCAAGGUGCCCAUUGCUCAGGACGAGUUGGCCCUGUCCCUGGGCUAUGCGGCAUCGCUGGAGGCCUCAGUGCAGGACUGUGCAGGGAGCAGCAGCGGCCCCUCUCCACCUCCCUCAGACCUACCAGCCAUGUUCCCGGGACCUCUCGAGGCUCUGUCCAGUCCCACAAGUGUCCAGGAAGCUGAUGAGACAACACGUUCCGACAUUUCUGAGAGGCCAUCUGUGGAUGAUGUUGAGUCGGAAACAGGAUCUACUGGUGCCCUAGAGACCCGCAGCCUCAAGGAUCACAAAGUGAGUUUCCUGCGCAGUGGCACCAAGCUCAUCUUUCGCCGGAGACCUCGACAGAAGGAAGCUGGUCUGAGCCAGUCACACGAUGACCUCUCCAACACGAUGACCACACCCAGUGUCCGAAAGAAAGCUGGCAGCUUUUCUCGCCGCCUUAUUAAGCGCUUUUCCUUCAAAUCCAAACCCAAGGCCAAUGGCAACCCCAGCCCCCAGCUCUGAGGGCCUCCUCACCUCCUGAGCUAGGAGAGGGCAGGAGUCCUCUCAGCCCAUUCCCCACAUCCCUUUUGGUUCCCCUUCCUGGAUACCCAGCAGCCUGGGCCAGGAAAGUCCUCUGGGUUCCAGGAAGCCCUGUCUGUCCUGGACCAUGGGGCCAGUGGGAAGGGUCUUGUAGGGGGAAGCACAUGAGAUGAGCACCUGUUGCUGAGGACCUAAAGGAGCGGGUGGCUAGGAGUCAGAGGAGGGCUCUGUCCUGGCGUGUGGGCACUCCUCAGAACUGUUUGCCUGCUGUGGACACUGACCCCUCAGAGGAGUCCCAGGGUGCUCAGCUCCUCAGCUGAUCCUCCCUUAUUUAUUCUCUUUUCUAUUUAUAUGUGUGGUCCAGGGCCCUCAGUGAACAGAUGUAGAGGGCGUCUCUCCCAGAUGACCCUUCUUUCCUAUCUCCGGAGGGUAGGCAAUUCCCUUUGGGAUGGGGCUCCCACACCUCCCUUAGGUCCCUUCUCUGACCAGCACCAGUGUCUCCCUCUGAGGACAUUGGCAGCUCAUAGAAAGUUGGGCCAGCGCCAGGAUAGGGGGCAGGUACUCCCCACCCCCCUGCCUCCUCUUCUACUCCUCCCACCUUUCCCCUUUAUUACGUUUUUGUACUUGAGGCCUUCUCCACGAGCAGUGGCUCUGUUGGAAGGAGGGAUUCAGGGGCCAGGUGAGAAUCCUUCCCUGAACAGAUGGACUUAGGGUCUUUAUUUAAAGACUGUGUGAUGACGGAGCAUGAGCAGUGCCGCAGCUCGGUAUGUUGGGAGAUGAUGAUGCCACUGCUGUGUGAUGGCUUGGAAUUUAAUUUAUUAAAGUCAAAUUGGAGUUUAUAAA